AUGAACUUGGAUCCAUUCGAUAGAAAUAGAAUUUCUAGUAGUAAUAGAAAUGCUUCGUCACCAUCAUCUUCCUCUUCACAAGCUAUACCGCUUUUCCCGCUAAAUAAUAUCAGUAAUGCUAACGAUGACUUGUAUCACGUACUGAAUUCACAGGACCAACAGGCAAGGAUCAGUAGCACGAAUAUCUCGUCAAAUUUUUAUUUGAUAACCCAGUACAUUCUGCAGGCGUAUUUCAAAGUUUCAUUCACAGAAUUGAGGUCAUUGAAACUAGUUGAUUUGAUUGUCGAUCAGACAUAUGCCGAAAGUUUAACACUCCGAAAAUUGAAUGAAGGUGCCAGCGUUAGAUCGUAUGAAUACUUUAAUACAGUACCGAGGCAGGAAGAUAUAACCAGAUGUCCGAUUUUUGCAUUAGCUACAUACUUUGUCAUCCGUUGGUCACACCCGAAUCCACCUAUCAGUGUUGAAAAUUUCGACCGUAUACCUCUGUUAGACCCAACGACGAUUACUUGGAAUAAGGGUUUCCAGGAACUAAAUCAUACGAAGGAAGGUUACAAAGUUUCCAGGUCAGUUUCGUUUGAACCGGCAAAUGAGUUGGCAGAUAUUAUUUUCCCCUGGCUACCUUCUUUAAGACAAGAUAUGGAAAUUAUGGACAGAAGCAAUUACAAACUGCAUUCCUUCCUGGAACUGUUCGAGUUUAUGGCCAGGACGAUAGUGCAGGAUUUGAAAUAUCUACAGUUAAACUCGGGAUUGCUGCCGAAUAUUGUUACGUUUGUUGCGAAAUUCAUCCCGGAUCUUUUCCAACACCCGAAGUUUCAAAAGGCGAAGCCUGUAUUCAAUGAACGUGGUGGUGAUGAUGAGGACUCUCAUUUUUUGCAGCUUUCCAAGAGACUUACAACGGAGAAUGUUAGGCUGGCGCAACAGAUUACGCAGUUGAAAACUGAUCUCAGCAAUGUGCAGUACAUGUGUGAUCAGAUUUUAAAACUGCAGCAGCAGCAAUUGGUGAAUAAUGAUCGGAAUUAUCGCCAGAACAACAACAACAACAACAACGGGGUUAUUGUGAUCGAUAAGAAUUCUGUUAACUCCUCCAUAUGGAAUAAUCUGGCUCAGAACACCGCAGCAGUUAGCGCUUCCGGCGGUAACAACAGCACCAGUAAUAACGAAGAGCCGCAAGAGAGUUCAAAUUUGGCCCCCAUGUUAGCGUCAUUCCCGCUGGUAAACCCGGAGGUUAACAGGAAGAGAAAAUUGCCGCCCCCGCAGCCUGGCUUGUCACCUUUUCUGCCUUCCCCAGGCCCGGUAUUACCAACGGUGGCAGAAUCACCAUACACGAAGAGACUUCGCAUUGAUGAUAAACGCACACCUUCUCAGAGUGCAUUAGAUUUACUUCUGUCAAAGACAGCGUCGAGCCCGAGAUUUCCUUCUCUGCCCAACAAUCAUGUUGCCAAAAUGCCUUCGCGUUAUUCGAGCCCAACUGCAUUUGCUAUGACUGGUUCACCAAGCGCAGUUUUGCCGCCAAACCCCGUGUCUUUGGCGCCUCGAACAACACAACCAGAAGCUCAUUCACAACCGAGAAACAUUUCCGGUCCAAUUGUGCAAAAUAGUCCGACAAUAACCGCAGCUACAGCUGCGCGGGCGGCACCAGCCACAGUCUCAGCAAUUGAUAAUGCGUCAUCGAAAAAUCCCAACACCAACAGUUUGCCAAAUACUCCCAUAGUGAACAAUGGAGCCGAUGAACCCAAUGAGGAAGCGGAGGAAGAUGCUAGUGAAGAGGAUGGUCGUGACGACGAAAACGAUGAUUCAAAGGCAUUGAGUCCUAAAUCAUCAGAAGCAAGACCGCGGCCAGUAUCUUCUCAACAGGUACCUUCAAGCAAUCCAGAUAACACUAGUAGCGGUCCCAACAACAAGCAAAAUAGACCCAUGGAGAAGCUGGGACCCAAUAGGCACAUCAAGUACAAACUGUCUCGAGACAAUAAAACUAUUUGGGACCUUUAUACGGAAUGGUAUAUUGGACUCAAUGGGCAAUCAUCCAUUAAAAGCUUGAUUGAAACGUAUGGGUUGAGACGUUGGAAAGUGAGUGACGAUUCCCAUUUUUUUCCGACAAGAAGAAUUAUUAUGGAUUAUAUCGAAAUGGAAUGUGAUAGAGGUAUCAAAUUGGGCAGGUUUACAAAUCCCGAUCAACCGAGGGAAGAUAUCAGGAAAAUAAUUGUUGGUGAUUUAGAAAAAUUUAGGAUUAACAAUGGGCUAACGUUAAAUUCCCUUUCGAUGUAUUUCAAAAAUUUAACAAGAGAGAAUAAGGAAAUAUGCAUUUUCGAAAAUUUUAAGAAUUGGUCGGUGAGAGCUAUGACGGAGGAAGAGAAGAACAAAUAUUGUAAAAGGCAGCAUACGAAAGAAACCCUUUGA